GGUGGUUCCGCAUGCGCGGUGGGGUCGAGCGAAGCGCACGCUGAGGAGAGUCGGCGGUUGCUGCGGGUGGAUCAAGUCUGGUCUCUCCGAUUGAAGAGCGUGGCGCCGGACACCAGUGCGGGAUUCACACACAUACCUCAGAUUGCAGAAUGCCGGGUCUAAGUUGUAGAUUUUAUCAGCACAAAUUUCCUGAGGUGGAAGACGUAGUGAUGGUGAAUGUAAGGUCCAUUGCUGAAAUGGGAGCUUAUGUCAGCUUGCUGGAAUACAACAACAUCGAAGGCAUGAUUCUUCUGAGUGAGUUGUCCAGAAGGCGUAUCCGUUCUAUAAACAAACUCAUCCGAAUUGGCAGGAAUGAAUGUGUGGUUGUUAUCAGAGUGGACAAAGAAAAAGGAUAUAUUGAUUUGUCAAAAAGAAGAGUUUCUCCAGAGGAAGCAAUCAAAUGUGAAGAUAAGUUUACCAAAUCCAAAACUGUUUACAGCAUUCUUCGUCAUGUUGCUGAGGUCUUAGAAUAUACCAAGGACGAGCAGCUGGAAAGCCUGUUCCAGAGGACCGCUUGGGUCUUCGAUGACAAGUACAAGAGACCCGGAUACGGUGCCUAUGAUGCCUUUAAGCACGCAGUCUCAGACCCAUCUAUUUUGGAUGGCUUAGAUUUGAAUGAAGAUGAACGGGAAGUACUCAUUAACAAUAUUAAUAGGCGUUUGACCCCACAGGCUGUCAAAAUUCGAGCAGAUAUUGAAGUGGCUUGUUAUGGUUAUGAAGGCAUCGAUGCUGUAAAAGAAGCCCUGAGAGCAGGUUUGAAUUGUUCUACAGAAACCAUGCCCAUCAAGAUUAAUCUAAUAGCUCCUCCUCGGUAUGUAAUGACUACAACCACCCUGGAGAGAACAGAAGGCCUCUCUGUCCUCAACCAAGCUAUGGCUGUUAUAAAAGAAAAGAUUGAGGAAAAGAGGGGCGUCUUCAAUGUUCAAAUGGAGCCCAAAGUGGUCACAGAUACAGAUGAGACUGAACUUGCAAGGCAGCUGGAGAGGCUUGAGAGAGAAAAUGCCGAAGUGGAUGGAGAUGAUGAUGCGGAAGAAAUGGAAGCCAAAGCCGAAGAUUAACUUUGUGGGCAACAGAGUCCAGUUUAAGGAACACAAAGCAGCCUUCCUGGCUGUUAACCCUAGACUUGAAAGUUUUCCAGUAUUGAAAACUUCAAAGCUGAAUAUUUUUUAUUUCGAAGUAUUUAAAUGUUCCAACAGACCAAAACGUGAAAUGCCCUCCUAAAUGUCAGCUGUUUUCACACAGUAGCUCUGACACCUUGAGCAUUUUUUAAGGGAGUGGCCUGAUUUCACUAGAGACAAAUCUUUAAGAACAGUCAUAAAAUGGGGCGUGUGAUUUCCAUUUCUGAUGUCUCCAGAUUGGCACCCCUUUGUAGUUCAGUGCCUCCAUGAGAUUUACCAGGGGCACCCAAAGCAAAUAGUCCUAACCUUUCUAUAUAAAAUGUAUCAAGCAAACAUUAAAUAAAUUUCUGGGAUAUUUAA